CCUUGGAUGUAAUCGACUAUAGCGUACGGUGUGGACGAAACAAGAAUUAAUUCAACAUUUAUGCAUUUUGUGAUAUUCAUAAUAACACUAUUUGUGCCUUUUGUAAAUUGUGCUGUUUAUUUCUAGUGGUUUGAUAUUAAAUAUCACAAAUAGUGAAGUGAACACAACGUCGUAUUUUGAGAUAUGGAAAAUAAACAUUCAAAUGAUGAUAAAAACCAAUCUCAAAAACUCGUGGAUGCGGUUUGUAGCAGCAAUGUCAUCAGGCCGCCACGUCCAGCUCCAAAAUCUGGUGCAGAACGGCAGCGUCAAUACAAACUUCGUAAACAACAAAAAAACGAUAACGGUGAUGAGUCCGCCAAAAAGGCUAGAGCUGAAUACCGACGGCAAUAUAGGUUGAAGAAAAAGCUGGCAGCACAGAUAAAUACUGAUUUUGCUGAAAUUAUUCUGAGGCAAGAAGCGGGGCCUUCUGAGCAUCCAGCACCUGUAGUUACAGCAUCAUCGAUGCAAUUAAGUCCUGAUGCAGGUCAUGUAAUUAUUCAGCACAAAGCGGAACCGGAAACAUACACUCAAGAAAUUCGAAACGCUAAAAAACGGUCUCAUAACCAAAUUCAAGAAGAAGAAAAAUACCCGCUUUCAACUAUUUUAACAUAUACCAACGUUGACGCCUCAAAUCCUGCAUAUACAACAAAAUGUAAGCAAGAAAUAGAGCUUCCAUUGGAGGGUCAUGUAAAUGUUGACACGGUUUGCCGAACGUGCUUACAAAAAUUUGAUAAAGACAUAGCGAGCAGUUCCAUAACUAAUUCGUAUUAUCCAAUAUUUCAAACAACAAAUUUAGCGAAGAAAUUAACCGCCUGCACAUCUCUUAAAAUCGAGCAGACGGAUAAGUAUCCUAAAAAUCUAUGCCACAGUUGCUUUGUUAAAGUCAAUGAAUUUUACCAAUUUCAAAGUUUAUGUGUAGAGUCAAUGCAGCAGUUUUGCCAAAUAUAUUUAGGGUCGGACAAUAACACUACUUUUGAUACUACGGUUACGCAAGUCAAAAAUGAGUUGCUGAGUGAUGAUGACACAUUCGAGUCUGAUGUGCAAUUGGAAUCAAUAGAAGAUACCAAUGCCGGGACGCAAUGUUCGAUAGAAUACAGUGAUAAUGACGGUUUGCUUCAACCGCUUCAUCUCGAAACGUUUGACGAGGAAGAAAAUAAAGAAAGGAAAAACACGUAUUCAAAAAUUGGCAAGGAUGGAGCUAUUCAAAGAACACUCGAAAAUAAAAUGGAUGAAUUAUUAAAGCGACAAACAGAAAUAGUAAAAAUUGUUGCCGAGAAUAAUUUUCUAUUACGACAUAAUUGUGAAAUGUCAAGUGUAUCAUCCCCUAUAAAAUUUCCAUUAGAAGCAGAAGAUAAGUUACAAGAGCUAGAAACACGAUUAAUGGGAGAAAACAAAGCAGAAAUGAUAGGUAUUCUAAGAAGAUUAACGGGGGGACAGAUAAAAGGUAUUGACGCUAUUUUUGGAAAGCAAAUAAUAAUGGAGUAUAAUUACAAUGGAGAAAAGGGCAAAAAGUCUUUAAAAUCAUUCAACAAUUGCCUGGAUGCUCUUUAUGAAGCCACGUAUGGAGAGGGCAGAUCAUUUGACGAUUUUAUAAAUAUUCUGCGACAACAAUUAAAGAAAGUGAAAAAUCGUUUUAAUAAGCAAAAGAGUAGAAUGAAUAGUCAUUAGCAUUAACGCAAAAAUUAUGUAAAUUUUUUAUAAUACAUAUUUUCAAUUUAUUGCGCUUAUUAUCUUGUGUUAGAACCUUAACCUUUUCAAUGCAGCAUUAUUUUUAGUUUGUAAAAAACCUUUAUUUUGUGAAUAUUAUUAUUUUAUAUGGUUUUAGUUGUAUGUGCAUAAUGAA